CUAGGACUCAGCCCGGACAGUCGCGCGGCCCCUCCGCAGACAGUCUGUGACUGUAGGUCCGCGUGUCCUCCCGCUGCGAUCCUCCUCCCGCACCUGCAGCGCCUGUAGCUCCUACAGCCCGCACCUGCGCUGCACCUGCAAACACCUGCGCCCGCACCUGUGCUCGGCCCCAGCAUGGCGGACCAAGAGCCGUUCGACACGAAUAUCAACACCCUGACCCGUUUCGUCAUGGAGGAGGGCAGGAAGGCUCGUGGCACGGGCAAGAUGACCCAGCUGCUGAACUCGCUCUGCACCGCGGUCGAAGCCAUCUCCUCUGCUGUGCAGCAAGGCCGGCAUCGCUCAGCUCUAUGGCAUCGCUGGCUCAACCAAUGUGACAGGGGAUCAAGUGAAGAAGCUGGAUGUCCUCUCCAACGACCUGGUCACCAACAUGUUGAAGUCGUCCUUCUCCACCUGUGUUCUUGUGUCUGAAGAGGAUAAACACGCCAUCAUAGUAGAACCCGAGAAGAGGGUGGGUCUGUGCUGGCAGUGCUGAAUGUUUCCAUGCAGCCGUUUUCCUUCUCAGCUGUGUGGAUAACUUGUUUCUCCAAGCUAGUGUUCUAGUGUGCACUGUAGCUCCCUCCUGCUGC